AUGCAUCGAAAAGAAGAGUUCGAAAAGGCUUUAGCUAGGCUGGAGAAACUCCAAGAAGAAAUACGGCUUGCUGAAGAACGAAUUCGAAGACGCUAUCGUUACUUGAAACCAGAUGAGGCGAAAGUUCGUUUGAUUGAGAAACAGGAACCUGAAGAAGAAGGACCAUCUGCAAAACACAUCCGUGCCUUGGAAAAAGCGGAUGAGACAGCUCGCAAACGUGCGCUGGCUUCAGAGAAAGUGAAAGUGAGUAAAUCUAAGAAACAUGAACCUGGCGAAGAAGGAACAUCUGCAGUGAGUAAAUCUAAGAAACAUGAACCUGGCGAAGAAGGAACAUCUGCAGUGAGUAAAUCUAAGAAACAUGAACCUGGCGAAGAAGGAACAUCUGCAGUGAGUAAAUCUAAGAAACAUGAACCUGGCGAAGAAGGAACAUCUGCAGUGAGCAAAACUAAGAAACAUGAACCUGGCGAAGAAGGAACAUCUGCAGUGAGUAAAUCUAAGAAACAUGAACCUGACGAAGAAGGAUUAUCUGCAGUGAGUAAAUCUAAGAAACAUGAACCUGGCGAAGAAGGAACAUCUGCAGUGAGUAAAUCUAUGAAACAUGAACCUGGCGAAGAAGGAACAUCUGCAGUGAGUAAAUCUAAGAAACAUGAACCUGGCGAAGAAGGAACAUCUGCAGUGAGUAAAUCUAAGAAACAUGAACCUGACGAAGAAGGAACAUCUGCAGUGAGUAAAUCUAAGAAACAUGAACCUGACGAAGAAGGAUUAUCUGCAGGAUGUAUGUUUAACAAAAGGGAAUGCCUCCGGUCUUACACAGUGCGUAAAUCUAAGAAACAUGGACCUGACGAAAAAGGACCAUCUGCAGGAUGUAUGUUUAACAAAAGGGAAUGCCUCCGGUCUUACACAGGAUGUAUGUUUAACAAAAGGGAAUGCCUCCGGUCUUACACAGGAUGUAUGUUUAACAAAAGGGAAUGCCUCCGGUCUUACACAGUGAGUAAAUCUAAGAAACAUGGACCUGACGAAAAAGGACCAUCUGCAGGAUUGCGUAAAUCUAAGAAACAUGGACCUGACGAAAAAGGACCAUCUGCAGUGCGUAAAUCUAAGAAACAUGAACCUGACGAAGAAGGAUCAUCUGCAGUGCGUAAAUCUAAGAAACAUGGACCUGACGAAAAAGGACCAUCUGCAGUGCGUAAAUCUAAGAAACAUGAACCUGACGAAGAAGGAUCAUCUGCAGGAUGGGUGUUUAACAAAAGGGAAUGCCUUCGGUCUUACACAGUGCGUAAAUCUAAGAAACAUGGACCUGACGAAAAAGGACCAUCUGCAGGUAUUAUAAAUAUUUAA